CUCGUUUUUCCUGAGUUCUCAGUUGUCUUGAAAGCACCAUUAUAACUCAGUGUGCAAAAUUUGAUUUUUAUGAAUAUACAGUACAGGCACUGGGGACAUGGCAGCGUGAAAGUAUGGCGGAUGCUGAAGAGCCGGAGAAGAAAAGAAGGAAAAUAGAGGAGCUGACUGAGAAAAUGGCUGUAGAUGGAGACAGUAGAGACUGGGAUGGCCGAUGGAACCAUGUGAAGAAGUUCCUCGAGAGACCCGGCCCAUUCACUCAUCCUGACUUUGAGCCAAGCAUUGAGUCCCUUGGGUUCUUAUUGGAGACAUGCAAGAUCCUGGUCAUUGGAGCUGGAGGACUUGGGUGUGAGCUGCUCAAAAAUCUGGUCCUGUCAGGUUUUAGUCACAUUCAUGUUGUUGACAUGGAUACCAUUGAUAUCUCCAAUCUCAACAGGCAGUUCCUUUUCAGGACCAAAGAUGUUGGACGGCCAAAAGCAGAUGUGGCUGCUGACUUUAUCAAUGGUCGCGUCCCUGGAUGUCAAGUCGUCCCACAUUUCAACAAAAUCCAAGACUUUGAUGAAUCUUUCUACAGACAAUUCCAUAUUAUUGUUUGUGGAUUAGAUUCCAUCAUCGCCAGGCGUUGGAUGAAUGGCAUGCUGAUAUCUCUCCUGAGCUACGAGGAUGGUGUUCUGGACCCCAGUUCCAUCAUCCCCCUCAUUGACGGUGGGACGGAGGGUUUCAAAGGCAAUGCUCGGGUCAUUCUGCCUGGCAUGACCGCAUGCAUCGACUGCACCCUGGAACUCUACCCACCACAGAUUCAUUUCCCCAUGUGCACCAUUGCGUCUAUGCCGCGGUUGCCAGAGCACUGCGUUGAAUAUGUCAGAAUGCUACAGUGGCCCAAAGACAAGCCUUUUGGAGAUGGUGUUGGUUUGGAUGGGGAUAACCCUGAGCACAUCCAGUGGGUGUUCCAGAGGGCCCAGGAGAGAGCUGUUGACUACAGCAUCACAGGAGUCACAUACAGACUCACACAAGGUGUCGUGAAAAGGAUCAUCCCUGCUGUGGCGUCAACUAAUGCUGUAAUAGCUGCUGCCUGCUCCACUGAAGUUUUUAAAAUAGCUCAAGGUUACACUUCUAUUCCACUGAAUAAUUAUCUGGUAUUUAAUAUUGUGGACGGACUGUACACCUACACCUUUGAGGCAGAGCGAAAGGAGAACUGCUCAGAUGGUAGCCAGGUGCCCCAGGAUCUACAGUUCCCACCCUCUGCCAAGCUACAGGAGGUCCUGGAGUACUUGACAGAGAAUUCCUCCCUACAAAUGAAAUCCCCAGCCAUCACAGCAACCCUGGACGGGAAAAAUAAGACACUGUAUUUACAGACUAUAGCUUCAAUUGAAGAAAGAACUAGACCAAACCUUUGCAAAACCUUGAAAGAACUGGGAUUGUCUGAUGGACAGGAACUAGCAGUGGCGGAUGUCACCACACCUCAGACUGUCCUCUUCAAGUUGAAACUCACCUCUUAAAGGGCUAGUGCAGUCAUAAAUGUGAUUUUCUUAUGUUUUAUCUAUAUUUCCACACUAUGAGGUUGGAAUAAUUCUGUGAAAUUGUGAAAAUUAUGAUAAUACCCUUUUAGUGUAAGCGUUGUUUGAAAAGAACGCCUGAAAUUUCAGGUAAUUUUGCAUGGGUGUAGUUUUAGCCUGCCUGGCGACAUUACCGGGCGGUGUUAAUAGACCAAUAACAGAGUUCCAAACCUCUGCUAAUAACAUCUAGUUUCCAGGUUACAUAUCCCUCCCAUUAAGCUUCUCCAAUUAGGUGCCUCACUCAGACCACUCCCAGACAGUCCUAACGAAAUUAUUGCUUGAGAAAUUGCUUUUUGCUAAGAAGCU